GGUUCCCGGGUCGGGAGGUCGUGCUACGGGGGGGUUCGGUCUCGGCGCCCAUUUGACAGAUGAGGGAAGCGAGGCCCCGAGACGAACCACGCGAACGAUGAGGACGGUACCCGAUGAGUGGCGACGUCGUGCCGAGCGCCGUUCUGAGGGCCGGGGGAGGGGGGCUCACCCUCUCCAUCCCCGUUUUCCAGAUGAGGUCACCGAGGCCCGGAGAAAGGAUCCUGGUGGAUUUGCUGAAGCUGAACGUGGCCCCGCUGGCCGUCUUCCAGAUGCUCAGGUCCAUGUGCGCCGGCCAGCGGCUGCAGCCGGAGGGCCCCAGGCCGGAGGGCGCGGCCCCCCCCGGGCCCCCCGCGGCCCACCCCGAAACCAGAGGCAGGAACAGGAGCGGCGGCGUGCUCGGCGGCAGCCGGGAGGGCUCCGGCCAGAGGGCCCCGCGCCAGCCCAGCGCCAGCCGGGGGCCCAAGGUGCCCGUGCCCGGAAAGAGCCCCACGCGGAGCGGCAGCUGAGCCCCCGGCGGACCCCCGACCGCCCCCCACCCCCCCGGCGCGCGUCCCCGCCCCCGCAAUUAAACGCUCGUCGGCAGGC